CAAAGACAUUUCAUUUGCCGCCAGUCGACUCGAGGGGAGCAGCUCGAAUCACAGCGGCAAGGUUUGUGAUUGGAAAAGCACCGAGUCCAGCUUUAAAAGACACCGGAGGACACACCGGAGGAGACAUGGAGGCCUCUGAUCCACCGGACCGGCCGCUCGCGCUCAUGGCUCUGCCUGCGCGCGCACACGCACCUGAUGACCCCAUCCUGAGAGGGUAGCUGGAGUCGCCUUCCUGAAGGGAAGCAUACAUAUUCAGCGUGAGGAGACUUUGGCUUCCAUCCACGGCCUCCUCCUCCUCCUCCUCCUCCUCCUCCUCCUCUCCUCUCCCCUCCGACUGGCACAGAGACAAGUGUGAGAGACCCAGCGAGGGAACGUGGGAAAGAGGAAGACAAUGUACCAAACGCUGCUCCUUUCCUCCUCCCUCUUCAUCCUUCAUGUGAUGGGCACUCCCCAGUUCUUCGCUCACCACGGGAGGAGGGUGUGUGGCCGAGACCUCCAUCACAGCGUUGUCCUGGCAACCGAGUCGUACGUCCAGCCGGUGCACAAGCCCUACAUCACCCUCUGUCAGGGCCAUCGCUUCUGCAGCACAUACAAGACUACAUACUUGGUGGCAUACCGGCAAGUCAGCAGAGCGGCGUCCCCUUCGCAUUUCUAUGCAGAGUGCUGCCCGGGAUGGCGGAGAUUUCACUCACACAACUGCAACCAAGCUGUGUGUGGACAACCCUGUCUGAACGGAGGCACCUGCUUAAGACCCAACCAGUGUGCUUGUCCACUCGGCUGGACGGGGCGUCAGUGCCAAACAGAUGUUGAUGAGUGCGGUGAGCAGCAUCCGUGCACCCAGCAGUGCGUGAACACAGCUGGCAGCUAUAGAUGUGCGUGUGGAGAUGGCUUCAGGCUCGCUGGAGACGGCCGCUCCUGUCAAAGCCUUCCUCCUCCCCCUCCUUCACUUCCUCCUGCUCCCUCCCAGACCAGCCAGGCAGCAGUGGGUGGUCACACCGAUGCGGGUGGAAGUUUUGGCCUGGUGGAGAACGUGACAGAGGAGGUACAGAGCCUGAGGAACAGAGUGGAACUCCUGGAAAAGAAGCUGCAGUUGGUGUUGGAACCCUUCAGCAGCUUCUUCCCGCUGUCGCUGGACGAAGGCCUGUCAGAGAAAACCACCUUACUAUCCCACUCCUUCCAGCAGCUAGACCGCAUCGACUCCCUCAGCGAGCAGAUCGGCUUUUUGGAGGAGCGCCUCGGCACAUGUUCCUGCCAGGAGAACUAAGCGCUGGACAUGGCCGACAUUAUUUCACGAUGCCUCCCAUCAAGUUAAUAAUGACACGAACCUGACAGACCGUACGUGCCAAGACGGCUGGUGGUGUUUGUAAGAAAGAGGCGGCAGAAGGCAGCCUCAGUCCUCAACAAUGCUGUGACGCAAUCGCCGCACAAAUCAUGUGUGAUUUUCACUACUCCCGACAGGUUCAUUUAGUUCUGUCAAAUUCCCCGAUUUUGUAACCGUACCUGCGGCAGGGUGGGUUUCACCAUGACAUCACCCCCGCUGCAAUCCAAACCAAAACCUCCUUGAGGGUCAAAGGUCGAACUAGCCACUUAGUUUCUGUGUUUGUUUUACAUCAGUGCAGCUGUGUCCUCUGUCAGAUGUGGACAUCUGUAUUUAUCUAUUUAAAUUAUGAUCACUUGUAGUUAUUUCUCAAUGCUCCAAUAGACAUUUUUACCUAGUUUUGUAACUUUUGUAAUAAAAACUCUUAAUCAGAAA